CCGGGUACAAUCUGUUGAUGUUUGUACAAUAUUCGAUGUAGAGCUACAAAACAAAAAAAAAAAAAAAAAGAAAAGACAAGUCCGUGUAGUUAUGAUAGGGUUAUAAAUAAUUAAUAAUUAAUUAACAGUAAUUGAAAUGUUCAUAAUUCGUUGUUUAUCCGCAAUUUCGCUUCAAAAAUCAUAAUUUUCCGAUCUAAAGUGUUAGUGAUUUGUAUGGUGAAAAUGGUAGCAUUCUGGAGCUCACGAUCAGGAUGAUGCGAAGAUCAAAAUUAUUCGUUCAUUUUAAUUAAUUUUGAGAAAAUCUUACGCUGGGCGUAAUGUAGAUAAGAAAUUUCGAUGUGAAAGUGAUUGUGAGUUGAAAUACUUCGCACUCAUGAGUAAUCAAAAUGAUAUGAUUAGGUUAUUAGAGUUGUUUUGUAGCUUUGCAUUUACUACUCGUUCUCGGUGUUAUUUUUAUACGUGUAUGUAUACCUUCCUAUUGUGGUUUUUUUGAGUGUAAAAUCCCCUAUUAUUGAAAAAUGUCAUCCAACACGGUACCUCUAGAACAAAUUACGUCUUCCAUUGCAAAUAAUAAAGAUAAGGAUAUGCUAGAUGAUGGGGUACAAGGACCCAGUCGUGAUAAUGGUAAAGAAGACGAUGGGCUUCCAGCAGCUUCCGUCGAAGAUGGCCAAAACGAAUUUGUCUCGAAGACCAGCGGCGAGCAUCGUGUGAUAUUCAUCAAUAAUGCUCAACCUUUUAAAUUCUGCUCGAAUAAGAUCUCCACCGCGAAGUACAGUUUCUUGUCGUUUAUACCGUGCUUUUUGUUCGAACAAUUUCGCCGAUACUCGAACUGUUUCUUUUUGCUCAUCGCUUUGCUUCAGCAAAUACCAGAUGUAUCUCCAACGGGAAGAUAUACGACAUUGGUACCACUGGUGUUCAUUCUCUUGGUAUCGGCCGUCAAAGAGAUGAUAGAAGAUGUGAAAAGACAUAAAGCCGAUAGAGAAGUGAAUCAUCGACGGAUUGAGACGUUACGAGAUGGAGAAUGGAAAUGGAUUAAAUGGAAAGAGGUUAUGGUGGGCGAUAUUGUCAAAGUCCUCAAUAAUACUUUCUUUCCGGCCGACUUGCUGGUGUUUGCGACGAGCGAGCCUCAAGCAAUGUGUUAUAUCGAAACGAUGAAUUUAGAUGGAGAAACUAAUCUUAAAGUCAGACAAGGUCUUCCCGAAACGGCUAAUUUAAUCGAUGUUAAAGAUUUAGUUAAAUUCAAAGGUAUCGUUGAAUGUGAUCUGCCCAACAGACAAAUUUACGAUUUCACCGGAACGUUAACUAGACGAAAUGCUACAACACUGCCUCUAGGACCUGAUCGUAUUCUGCUGCGUGGAGCAAUGCUGCGAAACACUGGAUGGGUUUACGGUCUCGUUAUUUAUACCGGGCACGAAACAAAGCUCAUCAAAAAUUCUACCUCAGCUCCGUUGAAACGUUCCACAAUCGACAAACUUACCAAUACUCAAAUCCUCAUGUUGUUCAUGUUGUUGCUGAUAUUGUGCUUGGUCAGCACAAUCUGCAGCGUUUUGUGGAGUAAUGCUCAAGACGACAUUAAUUGGUAUCUCGGAUUGAAGAAUUGUACGUUGAAUCAAGGCAAUAAAACAUGUUCUCCUUUUUCGGAUGAUUCUAACACCGAUACGAAAACAAGCUUCGGAUACACGUUGUUGACUUUCAUCAUUCUGUACAAUAAUCUGAUUCCUAUUUCGUUACAAGUGACUCUAGAAGUCGUCAGAUUUUUUCAGGCAAUUUUCAUCAAUACGGAUAUAGAUAUGUAUCACGAAGAAUCAGAUACACCGGCUAUGGCACGGACAUCUAAUUUAAACGAAGAAUUAGGAAUGGUGAAGUACGUAUUUUCCGAUAAGACCGGUACCCUAACGAGGAACGUAAUGGAAUUCAAACAUUGUUCUGUAGGCGGGCUUCUUUAUAAAGAAGAUAAAAAAAAUAUACUCGUUAAUAAUUUACUCGAGAAUCAUGCCACUGCGUCUACGAUACGACAUUUCCUCACGCUAUUAUCCGUUUGUCAUACUGUGAUUCCGGAAAAAGAUUCGGAAAAUGAGAAUAAAAUCUUGUAUCACGCUUCGUCUCCUGAUGAACGAGCUUUACUCCUCGGUGCUCAAGAUUUUGGGUUCACUUUCGAUACUCGUACGCCUCAUUCGGUCGAAAUAAAUACGGUUUUUGGGAGAGAGAAAUACGAAAUAUUGAACGUGCUGGAUUUCACGAGCGCUAGAAAACGAAUGUCUGUUAUUGUUAGAACUGCCGAUGAUAAAAUUAUUUUAUACUGCAAGGGAGCCGAUAACGUUAUUUUUGAAAGAUUAUCAUCCAAAGGACAGACAUUCUGUGAUGAAACGUUAUAUCAUUUACAAGAAUUCGCCAACAGCGGUUUACGAACAUUGUGCUGUGGCAUGGUCGAGAUUCCUGCCGAUAAAUAUAACAAAUGGAAGCUCUUACAUCACGAGGCAAGCACAACUUUGGAUAAUAGAGAAACCAAAUUAGAAGAAGUGUCGAAUAUGAUCGAAGUAGAUUUACACCUUUUAGGAGCGACAGCGGUUGAAGAUAAGCUGCAAGAUAAGGUUCCCGAAACUAUUGAAGCCCUUCUAAGAGCUGACAUAAAUGUUUGGGUGCUGACCGGUGAUAAGCAAGAAACAGCCAUCAACAUCGGUUACUCUACUCGACUUAUCGUUCAAGGAACGCCGUUAAUUGUGUUAAACGAAACUAGUCUCGAUACUCUAAGAAACUCGAUCAAUUACCACAUUACUAGUCUCGGAGACGCUAUUGGUAAACCGAGAAACCCUCUGGCGUUGAUAAUCGACGGAACAACUCUAAAAUACGCUCUAGCUCCGGAGAUACGGGCCGAUUUCCUUUUAUUAUGUACUAGUUGUAAAUCUGUGAUUUGUUGCCGUGUAUCUCCGAUGCAAAAAGCUGAAGUCGUCGAAUUAGUUCGUGGUACUACGAAAGAAGUAACUUUAGCUAUAGGUGAUGGUGCCAAUGACGUUGCGAUGAUUCAAAAAGCACACGUCGGUAUUGGUAUAUCUGGAGUUGAAGGGUUACAAGCUGCCUGUGCUUCGGAUUACUCUAUCGCCCAAUUUCAUUACUUAUUAAGAUUGUUGUUCGUCCACGGAGCUUGGAAUUACUCGCGAAUGUGCAAAUUGAUACUGUAUAGUUUUUAUAAAAAUAUUUGCCUAUAUGUGAUGGAACUCUGGUUCGCUAUAUAUUCCGGUUGGUCAGGUCAAAUUUUAUUCGAAAGAUGGACCAUUGGAUUGUAUAAUGUGUUAUUUACGGCUGCGCCUCCUCUAGCAAUUGGUAUAUUUGAUAAAGUAUGCUCGGCAGAGACGAUGCUAAAGCAUCCGAAACUAUAUUCGCAAAAUUCUAGUCAGUUCAGCGUUAAAAUAUUCUGGGUGUGGAUAAUUAACGCCUUGUUACAUUCUGUGCUUUUAUUCUGGAUUCCAAUGUUGGCUGUGUCACAAGACGUGAUUUGGGCUCAUGCUAGAGAAGGAGGAUACCUCGUGAUGGGCAAUAUGGUUUACACGUACGUCGUUAUGGCCGUUUGUUUGAAAGCUGGCUUGCAUAUUAAUUCGUGGAAUUUCAUGACUCACGUGUCGAUUUGGGGAUCCGUUUUUUCGUGGUUUGUUGUCGUCGUGAUUUACAGUCAUGUUUGGCCGACGUUCCCGAUCGGUACCGUCAUGUUAGGUAUGGAUAAAAUGAUAUUCCUGUCGUUGGUAUUCUGGCUCGGAUUCAUCCUCACACCGUUCUUUGUGAUAGCUCUUGAUUUAACAGUGAUCGCAACACGACGAACGUUAUUUAAGUCAAUUACCGAAAGUGUACGUGAAUUAGAAAUCAAGAAAAACGACACCGGUAAAGUGUUGGGAGAUAAUAAGCAUUCUUUAUCAGAACGAGCCCGGUUAUUAAAAAACGUUAGAAAUGUAUUUACUUUUCGAUCAGAAAAUAGCCACGCUGCAGUAGAAUUAGAAAUGAGCCAUGGAUUUGCUUUUUCACAAGAAGAAGGUGGCGUUGUUUCACAAUCCGAUGUUGUUCGAUCUUACGAUACGAAAAAUAAGUAAUAGGAAAAUUUUUUCAUUUUAUUUCCCCACCUAAAAAAUAUUGAAUUGUUUCAUCAUCGAAAAAGGUUCCAUUUUUAUAAAUGGACGAUUACUAUAAUUAAUAAGGAUUGCAAUUUCACAUAAUUUUUAAUCCGUCCUUGUGUGAUAAAACAUGAAAGAUACAGUCUGAUGAGCGACGACUAGAUUAGAAUUUUUUUACAUCGAUAUUUUGUUAAAGUACAAUGACGAUUGCUGCAAUUUAUUUUACGUACGUAUACUCUUUUAAUACUGCGUGGACCAGAGAAUUACAAUAUGUAAAGUAUAUAGUAUCUCGAGUUACCAAAUCACCAUUUUAUAAUAAUUUGAUGAGCAAACGGUUUUUCCUCACUAUGUAUUUAAAGCGCACGUGUGCACUUUUGUUUUACGUUUGAAAUGAAAUGAAAAAAACUAAACUAAUGGAUACCGAUUGGGUUCUAAAUUCUCAUGUUAUGUUCACCUAGAAAAAUUGUGAUAUUGAAUUUUACACAGAUUUCGUCGAAUGUCUUUCUAUUUCCCAAGCUCAAUUUAAAUUCUCGGGUAGUUUAAAAAUUAAUGCAAAUUUUAUAAACCAUUGGGUUAGUUUUUUUUUUUUUUGGCUUCGUUUUAUACUUGUACCUACUUUUUAUAGUCGCGUUAAAUAAUUGCUUUUUUAAAGGCACUUAUGCGCUGUAUUUGUUCACUUUUUUAUACGUUUUGUUUACUUAUUAUAUAUUGCAAUAAAGUAUUUUUGUAUGUGUCAAGAUGGUCCUAAAACUUGUCAAUGAAGUGAAAAAAUGAAAUUUUUAAUCGAUACCUCUCUUUAACUUUUACUCGUACUUAUAAUCAAAUUAUAUAAUAAUUAUUUUAAUUCCAUGUACUGAUAUAAUAAUUUACAAUUUAAUUCGUUUAUUCGUUCACAUUUUCAAAUGUACUGAGAAAUUUUCAAUUAUGUAUGUAGGUACUCGAAUCUGCACUGAUAAAAAUUACUACAAAAUUUUAUACUCGUUCGUAAUAUGUACCUAGACCUAUCUAGAUAACUAUUUUUAUACCAAGUUUCAUUAUUGUGUGACAAUAUUGCAUUUAUUUUUACUAUUUUUGGGGUGAUUUGAAAUACUAAACGAAACGUUUAUGUAAUUUUUUUUUAUACUAUUCGAAUUUUUCGAUGGUGAACUGAGCACUGGAUUGAAUUUUUUUUUCGCUUUUAAAAUAGUGGGUAUUAAAUUUCUCGAAAGAUAGAUUUUUGAAGUGAUCUCUUUUUAAUCAUCAAUUAGGAUUUCAGCUUCGGUUAGAAAGUUUCGAAAUUCCAUCGCCGAAGCUGGAAUCAUAUGCUGUACGUUUAACAAUGGAAAAAAUGAUAAUUUUCAUCGCAAUUUAAUACAUAAUUUUUUUGUAUGUACUUUAUUAAUCAUUUAUUUGCAAAAUUCUGCAACAUUGAACAAUUUUUAUUAUUGUGUAUCGCUGUAUUAAUUUAUUUUGUUGUGAUGUUUUUUUUGUACAGCUUGUUUAUGUAUUGUAUUUAAAUCAAGAUGCUUUUUAAGUUUUGAAUAAAAUUCUCGAAUGUGUUUA